AGCCAGCGCUCCGGCGGGCAGUGUGUGCGCUGCGCUUCAACCUGAUUUCAAUACGAGCCUCUCGUUUUUCUCUUUGUUCAAUUCUGUUUGAACUUUUACUGCACAUAACGGUGUUUCAUUAUGUGGGGAGCCGCGCUGGGUUUUUUCUGCUUUGUCGCAGCCCAGGUGACAUCACAUGAAAUUAAGGUGAAAUGUGAUGAAUAUGAUGAUUUCCCCCCAGCAAACAACAAGCUGGCCCCAUCUUUAGUGGCAGACUUCAAACUGGAGAAGGUUACAGUGGCAGGAGAAGUCAUGCUCAACAUAAGCUGGGCCAUUAACAUUGAUGCCAGUAAUAAAUACUUGGAUGGCACUCGGAUUGUAAUGAUGCAGCAAGACUACCACUGUGAAUACGACCCACCUUUUGCCAGUGCACACUUGAAUAACUUAAGUCAGAUAUGGUUUCAUUAUUUAAGAAGCACAGGCUGUGGCAAUAUUUCAGUACAAGUUGCAAAUCUCCCUUUGCCUCCAGUGGUGGAAGGCACAUUUGCUUAUAAGGUUUCAAAUAUUGAGAUCUCUUGUUCAAAACAAACAACUGUUAAACCAACAUCUCCUCGUGUAACUACAGUUAUGGUCACUACUGAACUAACUACUCCAGCCCUGGGAGUUAAACCCAUCAUCAUCACCAUCUUUACUGGAGGAGUGGCCGCCUUGAUUAUCCUGACUUUAUGCUACAUAAUCUAUAAACGUUGUAGGUCUAACACUGGCACAUUAUUGUAUUACAAAAAAACGCCUCUGGUUCCUGUUCCUGUCCUGGUCAUCUACCCUGCUGUGAAUUCAUCAUUCCAGCAAGCUGUUGUGGCAUUUGCAGAGUUCCUGCAUUGGCACGGUGGCUGCAGGGUUGCAAUCGAUAUUUGGCAGCAAGAAAAGAUUGCACAGCAGGGGCCGAUGCGCUGGCUGGCAGAGCAAGCUAAAUCUGCAGAUUGGGUCCUUAUUGUCAGCCCACAGGUAGAAACGCCUGGCCACUGUCUUCCUGACCCUACCUUGCCAGAAGCCUCCAUCCCAGCUGCAGCUCAUGACCUUUAUCCUCUGAUUCUCAACAUGGUGGCAUGCCAUGCAAAGAGUGCCAGUGAGCUGGCCAAGUUCUGGGUGGUGCAGCUGGGUGAGCAGCAGGACAAGAGUUCUUGUAUGUUGCCGCUGGAACUGAGGGUCUGCCAAAGCUUUUGUCUGAUGAAGGAUUUGACAAAACUUUGUAAGCAUCUUCAUGCACUCAAGCAGAAUGACAAGAAGAUAUUAAAUCUGUUGUGUAGACGAGGGGUUUCCUACAGCGAGAAGAACACACUGAAGUUAAGGGAAACUGUAGAAAAACUAAGAGGGCAUCAGGUAAACGUUUCCAGAGAAGUGCAGCCAUUAAAUUCUGUGGUCUCAAGAACUUAAAAUAAGGUGACUGUACUUCUUUAUGGUUUUGAAGAUGUUUCACCUCUCAUCCAAGAGGUUUCUUCAGUUCAUUGCAUUCUGUGGUCACCACAAUUUGAGUAUCUGUAAUGAAAAUGCUUUGACUGAAUAGGUGCUGACUUUAAUCCUAUUGUUUGUUGAAUGCAUUUAUUUGUUUAUUUUUAUACCUAUGACAUAGCCUUAUGUUGGGAAAUAUACCUAAAAGUAUUAUCGACACAGAAACAGAAAACUCUAUAUCCAAACAAUAAGUAAUUUAUUACAUUUAAAUAUCCAUUAAGGAGAAAGGAGUGGUGCCUACUCCUGGAUAACCUGUAUGUUUUCUUAAUCUAGUUUUUCAAACAAAAAUUAAAAGCUGAUCACUGGUUUUGAUCUGUUUUCUUCCAAGAUGAUCCUGGGCUCAAACCCAACCUUGUCAGAUGGGGCUGUUUUUUGUGUGUUCAGCACACCCUGUACACAGCAGCCCCUAAAUUGUUUGCAGAUGUGACGGCAUUUUUGUCUGUUUACGUAUUCUACCCUGUGAUAGGCAAUUCUCCAUAUGUAUUUUACUAAGCAGUUAGUUUAUCACAGUGGUGUGUCUAAUGGGCCUCCAUACAGUGCAGUGGCAAUGACCAAAAAUUUUAAUGACAGUAGGAGAGACUCUGACCUCUCUAACAGGGCCCCACCUGAUACUACUGCAGUUGCCAGUGGACCUAAUGAGCAAAAAUGAAGAAGAGCUAUCCUUCUGGGAGUGGAGAAAGAAAGAAGACAAAAAGAAGUAGCGGUGAUGGUGGUACAGACUAGCAAUGUAACAUAUUUCCUUGUAAGCAAAGCAACAACAAACUAGUUAUGUCAUUAUUCAAAUGCAAAUGAUUACAGGCUACUUUAAGACUGUACCUAAGGAGUAUUAUAGCCCAUCCCCACAUGCUACUUUAUUGAUUGUUUGUUUUGGUGCCACUGUGGGUGCCUGACUGGCAACCAUUAUUUAAACUAAAAAUGUAAACUAACUGAAGCAGGUAUACUCUUAUGUUGUUGUUGUUGGUUGUGGUGGGGUACUCAAGUGAUUUUUCUUUUUUAUAUAAUCAAGUUAUUCAAGUUACUUUAUCAUUGCAGCCCUACUGUUAGUUAUC